AGUUGGCACUAGGCUCAUUCUGCGAGAACGAGUGCCCAGUGCCUGUCGUGUCCGCAUCUGUUCGUUUCUUGUCCGCACUUCGAGAGAGAUAAAGUUCAAUUCAUUCGCUAAACUAUUGUGCAAAGACGGUAAUAUAUUAUGAAAGAAUUAUGAUGUUCUUGAAAAAAAUUGUUUGACAUGAAUGAGGAAGUGUUAUAUUGGUUCAAUUAAGUAUAGAACUAAUUCAUUAAGAUCCUUUCAGAGCAGGUUUCAAAAAGAAAUAAAGUGAAAUAGAAUACAAACUAACCUGCAUUGCGAAUGACCCCCCCAAAAAAUUGAAAUAAAAUAAAAAGAAAAGAAAAAUACUAAAAUCAAAGAACAAACAAGCCAGAACCAAGUGAUACAAACAAACAAACAAAAAUAUAUCAAACCAACUAUCGGAAAAAUACAACAACAACAAAAAAAUAGAGAAAAUUAGUGUUUAUUUUUAUCUCAUUUAUUUUUUUAUCGACUCUUCUCCCCUUCGCCAAAAUGCCUCUCCGCCACCAACCAGACACGCUACAGAAAAAUGCAAUGAAGUCAAUUGCUGUGAAUUUCGACUACAUCUGCUACCGGGCGGAGAACAAGGCGGAAAUGGCCAAAAUGGUCAGCGACGACACAUAUCUGAAAGUGGAAGGGCCUUUUAAACAUUUGCCUGGAGUCCUGUGUCAGGGGAUAAUUGAUGUCAUCAAGCGAACAUGUUCUCGUGUUCGAAGAGAACAUCUGUGGCUUCUUCUCCAAGAUUCUGUGACUGAAUUUACUAUGACAGAAAUUGGGCCUCGCCGGAUUGCAUUUGACUUCAUCAUGCAGAAGUGCUCUCGCCUCCGCCGGCUGGACGUGGCCUAUCUGAGGUCAGUGGGUCCGGGAACCAUCAUGAAGAUGAUCCCGAAUCUCAAACACAUCAUGGUCCUCAACCUCAGCAUGACAGAGACCAUCGAUCAGGUCCUGGAGCUCAUCGGCCACAACUGCCCCGAGAUCCGCGAGCUGGACAUCUCUCACACAGCCAUAUCGGAACGCGGACUGCCCAGGCUCUGCUACGAUUCGACCCACGACCGCCCACUCUGCCAGAAGCUGACCAAGAUUAGCAUCAUGGGUUGCGUCAUUACUCCGCGGCCGGUUAGCUUCUUGCUGCAGUACAUCCCGACGCUGAGAGAGAUCGAUUAUGAUAAUAUAUUCCAGGUCUUCAACGUUAUGAAAGAAUGGGGUUUAACAGCGGCUAACAUCGGUACCUGUGAGAAAUUGCACCUGCGUCUCCUCACCUCAACAAACGAAGCUGUAGAUCCUGAAGAUGUUGAUAAUGCAAUCGAACUAUGUCCAUAUGCCACGGUGUGGUCGAUUCCACGAAGAAUAUAA